AUGCUUGAACGCAGCAUUCCAGGGGCACGGAAUUCUAUUCUUGCACCCGCUGACGGCGCCUCGUAUAGCAUCAUUUUCGAAAAUUACACGGAGGACACUUUUCCGCUGAUCUACUGGGGUGCCGACCUGCAAGAAGGGUUUGGGUACCUUGUCACUCAACCAAGUGGAGACUUGACUAGCGGCGGCACCCAGUCGUUAUCAUUCACCCAAAUCCUGAACAGCGUUGACGUUGGGCCCAUGGAUGGCUAUAUUCUCUUCUCAACUCCCGACGGACAGCAUUACAUUGGUAUCACCCUUCAGGUACCCUUCCAGUUGUUCGAGAUAGGCCCUGCACCCUAUUAUCAACCAGCCCAGAAUGGAACAUGGGGCCCUGACCUGACUUCACAACCGUUCAAAUACCCAAGCUCGUUUGGAUACUCAAUCUCCGUCACACCGACUGCAGGUCAUACAACCCUUAGUGUUCUAGUGAUAGUCAAUACGCCGUCGGAAGCGGUAGCACAGCGCGCAAAAUUACCUCCUCCAAAACCACGGGAAUCGUUGUUCCCAGAGCGUGAGAAGAAGAUUAAGAGGGAGUGGGCUCAGCGCAAGGUCAGAAAGUGA